GUGCUGGUUUCACUCUGUUUUUUUUUUUUUUUUUUGUUUCUUCCCUUUGCCUCUCACAUUUUCUCGGGAAAGAAACAAACAAAGAAGAAGAAGAUCACUUUCUCCAAGCGGAUGAAAAAUUCAAAGACUUUGAUACAUGUGCGUCACCAUAAUACGCGUAUGAGUUCCUGAUGUGAUCUCCAACGUUGUAUUUCUUCCGUUUUCGUUAUCUCCUGGCUGUAAAUCCUUGGCUCGUCUUAUCUCAUCGGAAGCAUCGAGGAUUUUGGAUUCGAAUCUUUUGAUCCGACCAAUCCGUGCUUGAUCACAAGAAGACUGAGACCUGUCUAAUUAAAACCAAUGCUAGGAGUCUCUUCAGGGGUAGUAGAAUGAGUAAAAAAAGAAGAGAAAAUGAGACUGAAUCAGGACCAGUCACUCCUCAUGUCCCCGUGGAUAGAUUCGGGUUCCUGAAGCAAGAGCAUGGCAAUUCGCCAGAACGUUUCAGCAAGGCUAGAUCCACAUCAUCCACUGACCAUGACAGAGAGGAGAGAAAGGUGAGAAAAUGGAGGAAGAUGAUUGGGGUUGGAGGUAGUGAUUGGAAGCAUUAUGCUAGAAGAAAACCUAAUGUUGUCAAGAGACGUAUACGAAAAGGGAUCCCGGAUUGCUUAAGAGGUCUUGUUUGGCAGUUAAUCUCAGGAAGCCGGGACCUUUUGCUUAUGAAUCCUGGUGUUUACGAGCAAUUGGUGAUUUAUGAGACAUCGGCAUCAGAACUUGAUAUCAUUCGAGACAUAUCCCGUACUUUCCCAUCCCAUGUUUUCUUUCAGAAGAGACAUGGACCUGGACAAAGAUCGCUAUACAAUGUCCUUAAGGCGUACUCAGUUUAUGACAGAGACGUUGGUUAUGUUCAGGGGAUGGGAUUUAUAGCCGGUUUGUUGCUGCUUUAUAUGAGCGAAGAAGAUGCGUUCUGGUUAUUAGUUGCGUUACUCAAAGGAGCUGUUCAUGCUCCAAUGGAAGGAUUAUACCAUGCAAGGCUUCCUCUUGUACAGCAAUACCUGUUUCAGCUAGAAAGCUUGGUUAGGGAGCUAAUUCCGAAGCUCGGAGAACAUUUCACUCAAGAAAUGAUCAAUCCGAGUAUGUAUGCAAGUCAAUGGUUCAUCACAGUCUUCUCUUAUUCAUUUCCUUUUCCUUUGGCUCUUCGGAUAUGGGAUGUGUUUCUCUCUGAGGGUGUCAAAAUCGUGUUCAAAGUCGGCUUAGCAUUGCUGAGAUAUUGCCAAGAUGAGCUGGUAAGAUUACCGUUUGAAAAGCUCAUACAUGCUCUGAAGAAUUUCCCUGAAGAUGCAAUGAAUCCGGAUACCUUGCUUCCGUUGGCCUACUCCAUUAAGAAGAGCGUGAAUGAGAUUAUGAUGGAGUCGAAAGGUGGUAAAAAGAAUAGCAGUAGUAGUUCCUUAUUUUACGAAGCCCCUCUCGGUUACAGCAUUGAAGACGUUCGUCCUAACGGUGGAAUCAAGAAAUUCAAAUCUUCUGUCUACUCCAACUGCGCUAAGAGGCCAUCCUGAGUUGUAGCGUGCACCGAGUCUCCCAAUAUAGUUAUAGCUAUAUUUCAUUUCCAGUUUAUAAUUUCCUAUUUUCAAAGCUCCGUUUCUGCUGGUUCCCAAGUUCAAUCGUUCUCUCCUCCUACAACUAAGUCCUGCCGCUCACACAACAAGGCGAAAUGGCUUUAUCUGCAAUCGGUUUCGAAGGUUACGAGAAGCGGCUCGAGGUAUCUUUCUUUGAGCCAAGCAUCUUUCAAGACUCCAAGGGCUUGGGACUCCGUGCUCUGACCAAGUCCCAACUUGACGAAAUUCUCACUCCUGCGGCAUGCACGAUCGUUUCAUCUCUCUCGAACGAUCAGUUGGACUCUUACGUCCUCUCCGAGUCCAGCUUCUUUGUCUACCCUUACAAAGUCAUCAUCAAGACUUGUGGUACCACAAAGCUCCUCCUCUCCAUCCCACCGCUUCUAAAGCUGGCCGGUGAACUCUCUCUGAGUGUCAAGUCUGUCAAGUACACUCGUGGCUCCUUCCUCUGUCCUGGAGGCCAGCCUUUUCCCCACCGGAGCUUCUCUGAAGAAGUCUCUGUUCUUGAUGGGCACUUUUCUAUGCUGGGCUUGAACAGCGUAGCCUACUUGAUGGGCAAUGAUGAUGAGACUAAGAAAUGGCAUGUCUAUGCUGCCUCGGCCCAGGCCUCCAGCGACCGCAACAACAAUGUGUACACUCUUGAGAUGUGCAUGACUGGUCUAGACAGAGAGAAAGCAUCCGUCUUCUACAAGAAUGAAUCUGGCGACACUGGAUCAAUGACUGACAACUCUGGAAUCAGAAAGAUCCUCCCUAAGUCCCAGAUCUGCGACUUUGAAUUUGAGCCCUGUGGCUACUCUAUGAACUCGAUUGAAGGAGAUGCGAUCUCCACUAUCCAUGUGACCCCUGAAGACGGGUUUAGCUACGCUAGCUUUGAAGCUGUUGGUUAUGACUUCAACACUAUUGACCUGAGCCAGCUGGUGACGAGGGUUCUGUCUUGCUUCGAGCCUAAACAAUUCUCUGUUGCCGUGCACUCGAGCAUUGGUGUGAACGCUUACAAGCCCGAGAUCAGCGUAGACUUGGAAGACUAUGGGUGCAGAGAGAGGACAUUUGAGUCUCUGGGAGAAGAGAGUGGGACUGUGAUGUAUCAGACGUUUGAGAAGCUUGGCAAGUAUUGUGGAUCGCCUAGAUCUAUCUUCAAGUGUGAGUGGAGCAGCAGCAAUAGCUGCAGCAGCGAGGACGAGAAGGACGAGGGAUUCUAGCAGAACUUUAUCUAAACUAUUUUAUGAGCUAUCUGUUUUUGCUUUUGAAUAAUUUGUAAUGAAUAAUGUGACUUGUGAAGUUGAGCUAGUCUCUCCUUCGCAAGCAUGUGUUGGUGUUUCGUUUUAUAUAUGUGAAACUAUAAUGUUGCUAUGAUUAUCGUGUUCUUUGUUCAUGAGAUGACGCUCUAUCUCUCUCUUUAUUUCGUUUUCCGUCGACGAUUGAUAGACAGAAC